CAGAACUCGACUUUCGGGAACUUUUCUGCCACCGCAAACAAGCUUCACUGUGUUGAUCGUGUAUUCAAUCUUGUGGGAACGAGGUUUGCUUCUUCAUAGGAGGGUUCUUGCUGGCAUUAUCUCACGAUCCAAUUCGCUUGAAGCCUAGCUCAUCUCUACCAAAAUGGCGCAAAACGCCAUUGGAAGGCUCUUCCGCGGCCAAAGUUCCAGCACUCUCCGUCAAUCCAUUAGCACCAUCACACAGAAGCGUAGCUAUUCCUCAAAAAAUGCCAUCCCGACCUUUUCCCCGACUUCCUCCCCCGAGCUGGACCAGGCCCUCAACCGUUUCCGCGAAGAACUCUUCAUACCGUUCGGACUAGGAACACCGCAGAGGAGGAUGAUGUUCCGGCAGAAGUAUGCCGACCGUCUAGAGGAGGAGCCCGUCAGCGUACCUAUUGGUGAAAAUGACGAACAGUUCCUACUCCGCCCUAUGGACCCGCAAUCAAGGCCGACGAAGAAAGAAAUCGUGGACGUUCUUUCGCUUAUGAAGACGACAAAGGAUUGGCAGAACUUAGUUCCUUUCCUAUCUGGACUGCGAAUGUCUCAUCGAGUCAUUAAAUCCGAUCGUUUGCAGUGGUUGGUACGCCGGGCUGGCCAGGCGGAUGCUCUUGGCAUGAUCCUAGAGGCGGCAAAGCAGAGCGAGCGGACUGGUUUCCAUCUCCGCGAUCAGGAUCUUGUACAGCGCAUUUUCUUUGAACUUCACUGCAAGGCUCAAAGAGGAGAAUUUAAGGAUCCUGAUGUGUCGAAGGCUCUCAGCUUAGCGAAGCAGUUUGCCUCCCUGAUGGAGGCUCCCGAACACAUCGAGCAUAAUCUCGAGCUGGACCCAAAGCGAAAGCCGUUUGUCAUCGGUACGCUCCUUGAACUGAGUGCUGCCCGUGCCAUCAGCGAGCUUGGAGGCAAUGAUGAUGGUGGCUACGUCCGUGCCUAUGCUCAGCGUCUCCUGGGCAGCUGGCCACUUGGUAACUUCCGUCGUGACGCUCAGGAUUGGCGCGAGGUUGACCACAUGCUGCAAGAGAAUGUGCCCAUCUACAAUGGUAUGAAGCUUGCACUUAAGGUGAAUGGUAUCUCGAAUGAUAAGUCUGUCGCCCCUGGUCUAAAGACGCGCGUGAACGAGUUGGGAACUUUGAUUGCGAACCAGAAGAAGGCUGCACCGGAGAAGGUUGUGCAACGACCAACCUUGGGCCUUCAGCAGAGUCACCUCCUGCAUCAGGGUUAAGCGGUCAUUUCUUUUACAUAUUGUCUAUGAACUGUAUAUUACUACUUAGAAUCAUUUGGAGCUGUAUGUUAUCUCAAUCUAAAGAUAGUGCUAAUCCUUUCCUUCAACAAGCUGUAC